AUGCCACCCCCGCCGCCGAAAAGGACGAGAUCGGGAAAUGCUGCAGUUUUCCCCGAUCCCCCAAAAGAUCACUCGAGGAAGGAACUAGUCACUGUUGCCAAAGACACCCUUGAAGUCAUUCCAUAUAUCGUGAAAUCUCUAGAAGCAAUUGGCGAAUCCCCUCGAGCUAGUGUGCUCUACGAGUAUUCUGAAGAGAGCUGUCCACGACUCGACAGGGACAGCCCUUAUUUUCCAGACCAAACGACAGAUGUUAGAGUGGUACUGGAAGAUACAUUCGAUGCUGCUCUUGCUCUUGGAAACAUGAAUCAAUACUUGGGUAGCCAAGAUCGAACUCCCGUCUGUGUUUUAAACUUUGCGAACCAGGCGCAUAUCGGAGGGGGAUUCUAUACCGGGUCUAAGGCACAGGAAGAAGACCUCUGUCGCCGAAGUACACUAAUCGAGACUCUUCAUCCUCAUUUCUACCCCAUGGACGACGAUGAGUGUAUAUACUCGCCGAGCGUCUUCGUGUUUCGAGAAAACGCCGCGAAGAACCAUAAGAUCAUGUGGACCGACCGUGUGAGCCUUCUGCCUGAAGUCAGUGUCAUUUCCAUGGCUGCAGAGCAACAUCCCAAUCUGAAUCCAGCCAAAGAUGACCACGCACAUGCAUUGUCCCGAGAAUUGAUGCAGGAUAAGAUGCGUUUGAUUCUCCGUGUAGCUGCUAACGCCUUCCACCGCAGACUAGUUCUCGGUGCCAUAGGCUGUGGAGCCUUCGGUCAUCCUUCGAGACAUGUAGCCGAGCUCUGGCUUGACGUGCUAUCAGAGGAAGAAUUUGGAGGAUGGUUUGAGACAAUCGUUUUUGCUGUCUGGGACCCUAAACUCCCUCACAAGGUCUUUUCGGAUUUCUAUGAUGUCCUUGCUGGUCAAAGCCUAUGGCAAUACCAUGAUAGUGAAGACUCGCAGAGUGAAAGCUCACUGGAUAGUCGCAGUAACGAUGAGAGUGAUGAGGAUCCGGAGGAGCUAUCGGAGUCAGGCUACAAGAGGAAGCUUCACGAAGUGGAGAGGGCGGAGCAGGAGCAAGAUGAGUCCUCGCAGGAGGAGGGGAGUUCCGAGUCGGAGGAUGAUGAUAACAGCUAG